UUGAACGUUCGAAGCGGCGUUUUUUUGUGGUUUUUCGAGUAUUAAUGGCCUUUUUCCAUUAUUGAGAAUUAUAUGUAUGUUUAGACCACCAUGUAUGUACAACUGUGGUUUUUCUAAGACAGUCCAGGGAAUUUUUUUAUUUACCGAUCACUCACCUGAUCGAAUUUUCUAGACAUUGAUAACGGAUUUAGUAGGUAUUUCAAUCUGUUAUCAGUGCAAGAUAAGGCAGUGUCUGUGUACGUAUUACAAUGUUUGAAUCGGACGGAAAGGUGGUGCGCCAAAAGGAAGAAAAGUACGAGAUUCCAAAGCAUCUUUUCCACCCAGACGACGUGGAGGAGAUAACGGUACCACCGUCGACAGAACUCAUUCCAGACGAAUACGAGCAUCGCGAUAAUAGCAAGGGCCUGGUGCUAAUUUUUUACUCCAAACGCGACGUGGACAAUGAGCAGGUGAUUCGAAGGGAGUUUCGCGAUCAAGGUUACAAUGUUUCGGACUCCAAUGUCUUUGGGUUACAAAGUCGAAGUGCUGUUCUGGAGGCUUUGGAUCAAGUUGCAAAAGGCGAUCACAAAGAGAAGAGUUGCCUAAUCAUCUUCUUUCUGGGCAUGGCCGAGGAGGAGGGCAAACUUGAGUUGGACGAGGACCCGGACUCUUCCAUAGAGUUAAGGGAUGUUUGGACCAAAUUCACAUCGAAUAACUGCCCUUCUUUGCGAAACAAACCCAAAAUUUUUAUAUUUCAGGCAUGCCGAAAACCAACCGCCUACGCGUUUGACUCCAAGGCGAUGACCCCGCAAGGUGCCUACAGUUUGCCAUCUGAAGCUGACAUCCUCAUAGUGUAUAAAGUGACCGGUUACCACAGUAGGGCGCAAUUCAUUCGGUCUCUCUGCAACAAAAUCGACAAAUUCGGUCAAAAGGACGACAUUAUAGGCUUAGUGACGCGCACCCACGACCACAAGUACAUAAGACCGUUGAUCAUUUCAACCAUGACCCGCAAGUUCUACGUGUCGUCCAGCGCAAACCGCGGGCACUACCAUGACCUCCAUAACAAUCAGGACGAAACCAUAAUUCAGUUGCGGAAUUGGCAUAAUGAAAUCAAACGAAAUAACGAGGAGAAGAGGUCAGCGCCCUCGUCGAAGGAAACGAGUCAGGCUGAUUUGCCAGGAUCCAAACGAAAGAAGAUCCCAAAAGCGGAGAAACGUCCACCGUGGAGAUAGCGCCCAAAGAGUACCUUGACCUUAAAAUAAACAAUGUUAUUACUUUAACAUUAAAACAAUGCUUAUCUUUA